AUGAAUAAAAUUAUCAUUGGAAUCUUUGUAUUAUUUACCAUUUUUAAUUUGGCUGUCUCCGAUAAUUGGACUUUGACCAAUACAUUGUCAUCGCAAUGGACUGCCCCAGAAGGAACAUGGAGUGUAUUCAACUGCCAACUCACAAAUAACGGUGCACAAGUAACUCUCUUGAGAAUCGAUCCAAACGGACAAUAUCCAGACAGUAUCUGGGGUGCUUUCUACUACGAUUCCACCACCGAUACCUACCCAGUCGAGGGAUGGGCUGCCACCUUCCAAGAACAACAAACCGUCAACUUUGGUUACAAGGUUUUAUCUGCUAAUCCAAUCGAUUGGGAUGUAAUUGUUCAAUAG